GAUGCUUGUUAAACUUUAGACGGAUGAAGCCUGGAGUUUCAAGAAACCGGCCGGCGCUAUGACAGCGAGUCCCGGGUUGAAGGGAGGGGUGAUGUGAUUGUGGAGUGGCUGAGUGUUGCAAGGGUGAAGCGCCUAACAACUCUCAUUCACCGGCAUAUGUGUGAAAUCAAAACCAAAACAAUGGUCUUUCCAGACAAACCAAAUAACCAUGCUCGUGAUUUUUAGUUGUUCACUGUUUGGAAACGUUUUUCUGGAAACGGGUUAAGUUAUUUGUGUAGAUUACUGACAGAACUUAUUUUGGACCCAAAUGGAUACACCGCUGACGACGGGUUUGAGUUUUUAAGAGUUUCUGAAUCUCUUUUGGUGUGAUCCGGUUGUGGUUCGGGAGUGUCGUUAUGGAUGAUGGAAGCGCGGACACAGAGGCGCUCGUCGGGAGCUCGAGGGAAGAGGUUCGGUCUCACCUGGACUCAAGAAACACGGCUACAAAGUUCAAAGUUUACAAAAGGAGAUGGUUCAUCCUAUUUGUACUCUGCCUGCUAAACUGUUCCAACGCAAUGUCAUGGCUGACUUUUGCUCCUGUGGCCGACCAGACAGCACAAUAUCUGCAAGUCUCUCUAAAUCUGGUCAACUGGCUGUCACUAGUCUAUGUAGUGGUUGCUAUCUUCUUCAGUCUGAUAACAACAUGGGUGCUGGACACACUGGGACUGCGCUUCUCGCUAAUCAUGGGCUCAUGGCUCAACAUGUUGGGCGCUAUCCUGCGUGUCAUUGGCAUGUUAAACUGCAUCCCAGAGUGGGCCAUGUUCCCUAUGGUCAUGGGGGGCCAGACGCUCUGCGCCUUUGCCCAGCCUUUGGUCAUCUUUGCCCCCACCAAGCUGGCAGCUCUCUGGUUCCCUGAUCACCAGAGGGCAACAGCUAACAUGAUGGCUUCCAUGGCAAAUACUGUUGGGCUGCUCUUAGCGAAUAUCUUCUCUCCGAUGAUAAUUAGUUACACCAGUACUCUUUUCAUGCUGCUGUUGAUAUAUGCAAUACCUGCCGUCGUAGCCUGUUUCCUAGCAACAGUGGGGAUCCGUGAACGCGUCCCCCCGACACCCCCCUCUGCCAGCAUGGUGACCUCCAGCUCUGAACCUUUUCUACAGGGAAUGAAGCUGCUACUGACAAACAAAGCAUACAUGGUCCUGCUGGUGUGUUUUGGUUCAGGAAUAGGGGUAUUCACUUGCUUUUCCACCUUGCUGGAGCAGAUACUUUGUGUUAAGGGCUACUCAAAUGACUUUGCAGGACUGUGCGGUGCAGUUGCUAUUGUAUUCGGUGUUCUGGGUGCUUUUCUCCUCGGCCUGUACGUGGAUAAGACCAAGAAGUUCACAGAAGUCACUAAGAUAAACAUGUGUCUGACAUCCCUGGGCUGCUCUGUUUUUGCUGUGGUUUCCCAGUUAAGCGAGCAAAAGGUCAUCAUUGGUGCAGUAUGUGCGUGGUUUGGAUUUUUCGGGUACUCUGUAUAUCCUGUCGCAAUGGAGCUCGGAGUUGAAUGCUCGUACCCUGUGGGUGAAGCAACAUCCUCUGGAUUGAUCUUUGUGUCUAGACAAAUUCAGGCCGCCCUUUAUCUGCUCCUGCUACAAGCUCUGGCCAAACCAAUGGCAGAUUCUCCAUUAUCUGUAUGUGCUACUGGAGCAGAUGCCAAUUUGAGCUGGACAGUGCCAGUGCUGGUGAUGGCAGGCCUGUGUACUCUGGGCACCUGCUGCUUUGUUGGCUUUUUCCACACGGAUUACCGGAGACUCCGUGCGGAAGCCACAGCCUCACCAAAUACGGUGACAGACCAGUCAACAGGAGGAGACACCUGGGCAAACAGCACUGAUGCAUAAAGGGACAGACUGAUCUAACAGCAAGAGAAACCACUGAUGACAGUGUUUAUGUACACUUUAAGAAGUCUUUUACCUCAUUAACAUUGGAAAUACGUGCCUUAAAUGCUCAGAAGUGGUACUAGCUUAACCACAAUUAAUGUUACAUAAAGACUAACCAAGACCAAAUGUUUCAUGCAAUUUUAAUCUCAAAUUUUAAAUGUUUUUAUUGCAAUACAGGGUACAGGGAUUUUUUAACUGUUGUACUUAAUGCAUUAAUAAUUAUUUUACAAUGUAGUUAUUUGAUGUGGUACAUGUGUUGUUGGAUUUUUAAAAUAUUUGAGUGCAAUAAAAUGUCUAUAGUACUAACUUUCUACCUUAAGCAGGUGCAUAAAUAAAGAGUUGCUGGGUUACAAUAAAUGCGGCAAUUGCAACUUUUUCUUUUUGGCAGGUAAAAAUUCUGAGAAAAAGAAUUGCAAGUUAUAAAGUCAGAACAGUUUUAUUUCUAACGGAGUAAAGAAAAUAAUAAUAAUUGCAUUUUUUUCCUCACAAUUGACUUUAUUCCUUGCAAUUACAAGUUUACAUCUCACAACUGACAAUUUUCUUCUCAGAAUUGCAAAUUUAUAUUUAUUUUUUCAGAGAAUUGGGAGAAAAAAAGUGGCAAUUACCAUUUGUUUUAUCAUUGUGGGAAAACGCUUCCAUACUGUAUAUAGCUAUACUAGGAUUUAAUCUGUGGUAUUGAUGCAAAGUAUUGCACAACUUUAUGAAAUACUCAAUUCUGAUUGGUCAUUGUGUGGUCAAAAUGUUUUGAAUAAACCCGCUAAACUGCA